UCUAAGAAAUCUCUGCUUUAAAAAAGAAAUAGAAAGGAGAAGAGAAGACUGUAUUCAAGGGGCUGUCGGUGGUAAAUUUGUAAUUUCAACACACUGAAAAUUACAACUGAUAGCAAUUUGCGGGCGGCAAUGAACCGAAGAUGAAACAAGAAAAAAUAAAUGACAGAGAAAGAUGCGUCUCAACUCUCAAAGCUCACUCUUAUAAUUCUCACUCUCACACUGUCAUUUCCCACUUUUCAUUGCCUACAUAAUAAAACAAAACAGACCACAUAGUAAUUUCUUCUGAAAUCCCCACCUUUCCCUUCUCCAAUCUACCUUUACGUGGUUUCUACAUUUCCUUUUUUUUUUUUUGUAUUUAGGUUGUUGAAAUUUCUUAGUAGGUCUUUGAGGUCUUUUGUUAGUCUUUCUUUUUUGGGGAAAGAAUUGUUACCCGUUUGAGCAAAAGCUGAAAUGGAAACUGGGUCAAGUUCAGAUUCUCAAGAAAAGGCAGAGACUUUAAGAGGAAAAGGCAACAAGCUCGGUUCAAUGUUACCAAAGAUCGAACCUUUCGUGCCUAAAAAAGAUCAUAGCCCAAGAGAGUUAAGAUCUUGGGCUAGAAGAACGGGUUUUGUUUCUUACUUAUCUGGAGAAACCGGCAGUGUUAGUUCCACUGAAAAAUUAAACAGUUCCACUGGGUUACAUGUGGAAAGAGGUGGUCGUGAUCAAAGAGCAGGUGGGUCAUCUCCAAAAAUCGAGAUUGACCCGGUUUUGGGCCGGACUAGACCCAAUAGGGAGAUUGAAAUUGAAUUGGAUUCCGGUUCUGGGUCAGGGUCGGGUUCCGGGCAAGGAAGGAGGACAGUUGCAGAUGAGAAUGGGAAUGGUUCAGGGAAGAAAGUUGAGAAAAGAAUUGGGUUAAACGGGAAUGUGAAUGGGAUGGGGAAUAGGAAUGGGAAUGGGAAUGGGAAUGUGAAUGCGGUGGAAAAUAGGAAUGAGAAUGGGAAUGAAGUGCCAGGUGUUGCAUCAGUAGUUGCUGAACAGAAGAUUGAGGAUGCAAAGGGUGAAAGGGAUGUGGAAUAUGGGAUGCAUCCAGGAAGUGAAGAGCAGGGUCGUGGUGGGUGGAGUGGUCAUCCGGGGUUGAAGGUUGGGCUAAGAGAUAAUCCGGGUUUUGGAGCACUUAUAUAUUAUGGCCUGCAACACUUUUUAUCAUUGACGGGUUCGCUUAUAUUCAUUCCAUUGGUAAUGGUACCAGCCAUGGGUGGAACAGAUAAAGACACUGCUACUGUGAUUUCUACAAUGCUGCUAGUUUCUGGCAUUAGUACAAUAAUGCAUUCCUACUUUGGUACCCGGCUUCCAUUAGUUCAAGGAAGCUCAUUUGUCUAUCUGGCUCCAGCACUAGUUAUCAUCAAUGCUCGGGAUUAUCGAAAUCUCACAGAACAUAAAUUCAGGCACAUAAUGAGAGAGCUGCAAGGAGCUAUUAUUGUUGGUUCAGUAUUCCAAAGUAUCUUGGGAUUCAGUGGUUUGAUGUCACUUUUACUGAGAUUGAUUAACCCAGUUGUGGUUGCACCAACUGUUGCUGCUGUGGGUUUAGCAUUCUUUAGUUUUGGUUUUCCACAAGCUGGUAGUUGCGUGGAAAUUAGUGUUCCCCUGAUAUUGUUGGUUCUUAUAUGUUCCCUGUAUCUUCGAGGAAUAUCCAUCUUUGGGCAUCGAUUAUUCCGAAUAUAUGCAGUUCCCCUGAGUGUUAUGAUUACAUGGACUUAUGCAUUCUUUCUGACGGCCGGAGGAGCUUAUGAUUACAAAGGCUGCAGUUCUAACAUUCCCAGUUCAAACAUUUUAGUUGAUGAGUGUAGAAAACACGCAUAUACCAUGAAGCAUUGCAGAACUGAUGUUUCAAAUGCAUGGAGAGAUGCUGCAUGGGUCAGAAUUCCCUAUCCUUUACAGUGGGGUGUCCCUAUCUUCCAUUUCAGGACAUCUCUGAUCAUGAGCAUUGUGUCACUAGUUGCAUCAGUGGAUUCGGUUGGAACGUAUCACUCUGCAUCUCUGCUAGUCAGUUCGAAGCCUCCAACUCCAGGAGUAGUCCGCAGAGGCAUUGCAUUGGAAGGUUUCUGUAGCAUGCUGGCUGGACUUUGGGGUUCUGGUACUGGCUCAACAACUUUGACAGAAAAUACACAAACGAUAAAUAUAACAAAAAUGGCAAGCCGAAGAGCUGUGGUAUUUGGAGCACUUUUCUUGAUACUCUUCUCCUUCGUAGGAAAAGUGGGUGCAAUUCUUGCUUCAAUACCACUGUCCUUAGCUGCUUCUAUUUUGUGCUUCAUGUGGGCCCUUGUUGUGGCUGUAGGCCUCUCAACCUUGCAAUACACUCAAACAGCAUGUUUUAGGAACAUAACCAUAGUUGGGGUGUCCUUGUUUCUUGGUUUAUCCAUUCCUGCCUAUUUCCAACAGUACCAACCUGAGUCAAGUUUGAUACUGCCAGGUUAUUUUGUUCCUUAUGCAGCUGCAUCAGAUGGACCAGUCCACACUGCUAGUGAACAACUUAAUUUUGCUAUAAAUGCACUCAUGUCUAUGAGCAUGGUGGUUACACUCUUUGUAGCAUUUGUACUCGACAACACCGUGCCAGGCAGCCAGCAAGAACGAGGGGUGUACAUCUGGUCUCAUUCUGAAGAUGUGGCAAUUGAUCCAUCUUUGCAGGCAGAUUACUCUCUCCCCGGAAAAUGUGCCUCACUUUGUUGUUCAAGAUGUUUGCGUGCAUGAUAUUUUAGCAGAAGA